UGAAUGUGACAAUUUUAGGAACGAACCCAUAGCUACACGGUUAAUUUAAUAAAUGAACUGUUUACUUGUGACUUACGUGGUACUUAUGUGGCCUAUAGAAGUAUCUCGAUAGAUAUUAUUUGAUAUGCAACCGGGUGAGUGACUUUACAGAAUUUGAUAUGGUCAACACAUGUUUGGACAAUCAGCUUUCAUUCGGUUGGGAAAGAAAACCGCAGUUUGUUCGUAGAGACACAGAAAAGAGUCACACGAUUCUGAAGAAACAGAGAACAACAUGUUCGACGAAGAAUGUCUUGGACAUGAUUACGAUAGCUUAGAGAUAGUAAUGGAGGAUAGUGUCAGUGUCAAAUCAAACGAUUCUGUAGCAACGAGUGAUGAAUAUGAAUUUGUGAAUGGUGGCUCAGCUGGGAAAGGGCUACUGACCAUUGAACAACCACUUUUGAAGAUUGCCAACAAUGGUAAUCUUGAUGACUUGUGUAAAUCUUUAACUGAAGUGCUAAGUGAGGAUACCAACUGUGUUUCUAAAAUGGAAAAUUUUGCAACAAUUAAACAUGUGCCAGUGAACCAGACAAUCAAGAAAGUUGGCCAGAGCAUGUUUUAUGAAGUUGAUACAAUGAAGUCAGUACUUACAGCAUCAAAAGAAACGGAAAAAAUUGAUAUUAUGAAGUCAGAUGAUGAAGAUAGGCCAGUUCCAGAUGUCCAGCAGGAGUGUACAAUAUUUAGUGGUGUGUCAUACUUAGGAGCAGCGGCUAUCAAUGCUCCAAAGAGUGAAGCAGAAAUUCAGCGUAAUAUGAGCAUUUUGAAUGAACAGUCUUCAGAACAAGCCAUCAAGGUGUCAGUUUCUGUACCAAAUUCAUCAGAUGGUACAGUUGUACUAUAUGAUGCAGCUUCUCAUGUGAUCAUGGCUCGGUAUGAAAUUCACCGCAUCCUGUUCUAUGCAAGAGGGACAGCGGGAUCUACUGAAGCCUCAUGCUUUGCCUUCACAUGGUCUCAUGGAGACACCCAAGAAUCAGCCAUAUUUCAGUGCCAUGUAUUCAGAUGUGACAUUCCUGAGGCUGUAGGUCAGGUGUCAGCCUGUUUUGCAAAAGCCUUUCAGCGAGUGCCCAAGCCAAUGAUCAGUUCAAUCACAUCAAGUGAUCUUGGACCAGCAGUGCCACCUGACAAAGAACAUGUAGAAAUAUAUGUGUUUGAAGUGAGCAUGGAAAUCAAAGAAGAGGAUAGUCGGGGUGGUUUUAGUGCAGUGCCAAAGGAUCGAAGCGGCUUUAAAUUGCGUUUGAACCUAGAAAAGCAGCUCUGUCUCACAGUACAGCAAGUGUCGGAGAAUGAAAGGGGCCUGGAGGUUGAGCGAUGUUUUGGUGUACUUGUUAGCCCUGGUCGCAAUGUCAAACAUAGCGAUAUGCAACUGCUAGAGAUGCAGGUGUCAAUGGGUUCAGGCACUGGUGAUAAACAGUGUUAUGUAAUCUCUGGUCACUGGGAUCCUGCAGAUCCAGCUUUCGAGGCUUUGAAUGUGGAGACACCACGUGAUGGGCGAAUUUACAUCACAGUGGCUGUAGAUCUAGUGAUCCGAGGUAUUCAGGAGCCUGUCCGUUUUCUUAUUGAGACACCCAUUAAAGUAUUUCCUCAAGGAGAACGCUUCUGGUACUUCAGUCGACGUCCUCUCAUACAGCAGUUCUACCUCAACUUACGAGUGGUGCCAUCAAAUGAUGUUACCGCAGUUCACUAUGAAGUUCUGAGCAUUGAAACUUCAGGUGAACUAGAUCGAAACAGGUUAAAUCUCACAUUAAAUCUAUCAAAUCUCAUGCGUUCUCCUAGCUUCACUUCGAUAGACAUUGAUACUCUCACGCCUAAGGAGGAGACUGUGUCAGAUGGUGAUGAACCCCUGCUAAGUGGUACUGGCGAAGUAUCAAAAGAUUGUUCAGAAAUGGAGUUAGAAUCUUGGGCAGAUGUACUGGCACGCUGGACAAGCACCAAGCAGCGCCCACGGCAGUUAGCAUCCCUCGUACGGGGUGGUAUUCCAGAAGCUUUACGUGGAGAAGUUUGGCAACGUCUUGCAGGGUGUGAAAAUGAUACUGCCAUGAUGGAUACAUACAGAAUCCUCAUUACAAAGGACAGCAGUUGUGAGGAUGUGAUCCAGCGGGAUAUUAACCGCACAUUUCCAGCACACGAUUUCUUCAAGGAAGCUGGUGGCUUGGGUCAGGACUCCCUGUAUCGCAUUUCAAAGGCUUAUGCUGUUCAUGAUUCAGAAGUGGGCUACUGUCAGGGUCUCAGCUUCUUGGCUGCAACUCUACUUUUACAUAUGCCAGAAGAACAAGCAUUCUGCAUACUCGUGAAAUUAAUGUAUGAUUAUGGUUUACGAGACCUGUACAAAGAUGGCUUUGAAAGCUUAUACGUGCGACUCUACCAGUUAAAUAGGCUUAUGCAGGAGCAACUGCCCCAAUUAUGGCAACAUUUCUCAGAAAAAGGUGUGGAGUCACACAUGUUUGCAUCUCAGUGGUUCCUCACAUUAUUCACAGCCCGAUUUCCCCUUUAUUUUGUUUUUCGUAUCAUCGACGUGUUCCUUCUUCAGGGUAUCGAUACAUUGUUUCAAGUGGCUCUAGCGUUACUUAUGAUGUGCAAGCGGGAGUUACUGCAAUUGGAUUUUGAAAGCAUCCUCAAAUACUUCCGUGUGACUCUGCCAAAGAAGUGCCGUAAUGAAGAAGUGGCACGGCAGCUCAUGAAGCUUGCAACAAGUCUUAAGGUUAAAAAACUGAAGAAAUAUGAACAAGAUUUUAUGGCUGUCAAAGAGGCCCAAGACAAAGCUGACCAGUAUACAAGUGAGCUUGAUCGACUUAAGUCAACGCUACUAAGAACUGAGGAGGAGAAGAAGAGGUUAGAAGAUGAAGUGACUCAGGUAAAGGAAAUGUUGAAGAGGGAAGUACAGAAAGCUGAGAAUGAAAGCAACCGCAACACAGCAAUCAUUACUGAAUACAAGCAGAUUUGCCAACGGCUUGAUGAUGAACAGAUUGCAGCUAAGGCUGCUUUAAAUGAACUCAGAAGUCAAGUGGUAGGCUGUGACCAUUGUCGUACACUACUAGGAGAUGGAAACAUGGCAGAAAAUGGAGAUCAAGUUAUCCCAACCAAUAAGACUGCUGACCCACAUCUGACAAGAGCACAGGAGCGUAUCCGAGAACUAGAACUUGAACUAGCACAGACAAAACUGGCACAUGUGGAGGCAGAGUGCCGUAAUCAGGAUUUGGUACAUCAGUUGCACUCUGCUGUGGCAGACUUGCAGGCAGCACGUAAUUCAUGGCCUCCAUGGUUGCAUAAAACACUAAGUUCUAUAAAAGAAGUGGCUAACAAAAAGGAACUGACUGGAGGAGGACCACUGGCUGCUGUGGCCAGACGGGAUUUAGUACCAGGAAUUGGAACUCCUAUUGUAACCCGACGUGACUCUGCACCAGGGCUCUCAAGGGAUUCAGUAAGUCGAGAAAGUCUGCGUGACAUGUAGGCAGCAUACACUAUGACAUCUCUUGUAUUUCUCAUCUGUCAUCCUUUUUUUAAUUUGUAAUUAGUAGUAAUGAGUUCUACAUCACAAAAUAUACUGUGAAUAAAAAGUAAUAUCUCCUGAUACAUUCCUCAAAUAUUUUCCAGUUGUAUGAUGCUUUUAGGUAUCAUGGCAUUACUUUGGACAUUGAAUUGAAUUUUAAGUAGUCAAUGUUCAUAAUGACAGUGUCAAGGCAGGAUAGGACAGCAUCUUCCAUAAUGGGAAAAUAAAUAAUAUUCAAUUUCAGAUAUAACAAAGUUUGAAGUUAAAAAGUGAACUUAUUCCAGGCAGGUCAAAAAUCAGUCAUAGACACAGGGUACCAACCUUCCCCGGAUUGCAUUGAUGUGCAGAGGACAUCUGCUACAAUACAAAUGUCAAACAGUGUACCACAGUUUUGUAAUAUGAAAUAUUAAAGUAUAUUUCUAUGCAUCUCUACUUAACAGCUUUGAGGACAUUACAUAUUCAUGUACAGUAGGUAUAUUAUUUUAAAACACAGGUACCAAGCAUUGCCAUGCAGCCAUCUACACUAAUAUGAAAUAAUCCAGCGGUCACAUAAUGCAUUGUAUGAACAACACAAGACCAUGAUUUAUGUGUCUUAAGAAGCAAGUAUUUAUAAGAAGGUCAUUUGGUAUUUUUGUCUGGUGCAUGUUUUAAUAUGAAUGUGGGUAUGUGAACGAGCAUGAUAUGAGUGCAGAGGUUUGUUUCUGUCAUAGUUUCUAUUUCUUAUCCUAAGUUAGAUAUUAAUAACUUAAAAGCAUUGAAAUGCAAAUUAUAUCAUAAGUGUAAAAGAAAUAUCCAUUUAUGAAAAAAGUGUUAAUAUUUUUAACUGCGAUAAAUUGCGGGAAUGUGCCAUUAGUACUCUAUCAUGUAGUAUUGUGAUGUGAAGAGUCGUUGGUUACCAACAGCCAACUAGUGUACUUUUCCUGAAAGGAAAUUAUAACAAACCUUGUAUGUUCAUAGUGUGGCAUAGUUUUUUUUUAUAUAAUAACCUAAAAAGAUAAAAUUGUUAUAAGAAGCAAGAAGCAAAAACCAUGCAAGAUUUGAGGUCAACAUGGCAGUGAUUAGUAAGGUCACUGCUUUCUGGCAUGUGAUUGUAUAGUCUGGUUGUUCAUUAUCAAAAUUCUGGCGAAACCCACUACCUCCACUUCAGAGAAAGGGUUCCUCUGAAACGCUGGUAAGAGUUCACCAGACCCAAUGGCAUCACAUUUUAAAGGACAGUGAUGUUCAUAAGAGAUGAUGUAUGUUCCAAGAAACAUUUUCAUAUUUUAAUUGGAUUUACAGUAAUUUGUCUUGCAGCCCUUAUCUUUAGGAGUCAGAAUGCAUAUUAAUUCACCAUAAGACAAUUAUGUCCUCUCAUUCUUGGAUAUGUUUUUUGUUAUUGGUAUUUCAUUGACUCCAUACAGUUAGGCCACAACUGAUAGUUAUUAUUAUUUCUUGAAAUCAUAAUUGAAUGUUUUGUUGAAAACAAAUUACUUUACUAGAGCAAAUCUUGUAAGUAAUUCAUGUCAUGUAUCUCAUUAUAAUGCAUCCCAAAAAUCCUAAGUUAUGUAAUAAACCAUCACACAAAUUUGCUUUAAAACCUUGUUUUUUCUUAUAUACACUUCAUAUUUCAGCUAUAAAUGGUCAUCAUCAGGUAAUAUACUGAAAUCAACCAACAUAUAUAGAGUGUAAGUAAGUGUAAGUACUGUCAAAAUGUGAAGAUGUAUAAAAUGGUAGGCAAAAUAAUAAUGAAUUAGGUUGGAUCUCACUUAAUUUUACAAAGACAUGAAUGUCCGCAUCUUUGUAAAAUUAAAUAAGAAACAGUAGUAUUUGUCUUAAUAUAGGUAUUCUGUAACAUAUGGAAUUAUAUGUUUACUAUUUAGUUUUAUAUAACUUGGCAGUUCGCAUUUUUAUAUUAUACUUUCAUUUUCUCUAUAUAGCUUUCUUAGUUAAUCCAAGUUAGGUUAUAGCUUAAAAUUAUAUGCUAGUUUGUUUUCUUCUUUGGUAACUUGGAAUGAUAUGUAUGGUAUUUUUCUCUUGGUGAGUAGCUAAGUUUGAUUUUACAUACAUUUUUAUACAGUUUGCGAUCUUAACAAAUUUGUACUUACAGUCAUUUAUUUGGCUCAUUUGAGUAUGUCGCCUGAUGAUUAUUGUUUACAGUCGAAACAUGUAGCAUAUACAAGGAAUAAAGAACAAAAGGGUUUUUAAAGAACAUUUGUGUGAUGAUUAACCUUAUGACUUACAAAUAAACAAACAGAAUACAGUCUGAUAAAAAGUAAAAUCUCAAGUCAUUACAAUUUUACAUAGAAAAAUUUAGUCUUAUCAUGCCAAAUGUCAACUUUUCCCAAAUAAAUAAUACAUUACACUUCAUUUAUGGGAAAUCAUUGUAUUUUUUAAUGAAGCCAGUAUAUACAAGUAUGAGAAUUACCUGCUUGUGCAAGACACAGAAUCAGGACUGAAGUAUCAUUAGUGAUUGUGAUCUUGCAGGAAAAAUGUACUCUGCUGCAUAAAAGAUGGUUCAUUCCGUAACAAUCAUCAACAGUGCUCUUCAUUUAUAAAAGUUUGUUGAAAGCACUAUUAAUUAUAUAUGCUUCUGAGAGUGUUCACGAAGAACUGUAUGUAAACUAUUUGCUGUUAAAAUUAAAUACCACAGUUCCUACAUUUAGAUAGUAAAAAAUAUAGCACCUUCAUAAAGUUUAAAAUUUGGAGAUCCAAAUUGAAAUUUCUUCAUAUCCUACAAGUAACGUUAUGUACAGUUUUUACUAUUACUUUGGUUACAGCAGCCAUUAGACAUCAGUCAGCAGUCAUUUUAAAUUUAUAAGGUUCUACUGGAUAUGGCAAAAGCAUUUUGAAAAACAAUGACAAUAAUAAUUUAGUUGAAUUCAAUUCUUUAUUGAUUAUGUGCUGAGCUCAACAGGCAUUGGCCAAUUACAGAGUCAGCAUGGGUACAAACAACAGCAAUAUGACAACACAGGACAAAAGAAACAAUAAAAGCAAAGAAAAAUUAAUAAUUUUAGGCUUUUAACACUCAAACAAGAGUUCCUAAAAAUAUCUGUAAGUUUACAAACUGCAUUUGCAGUUGAAACACGUCUAGCUGAAGGGCAGUGCCUAGAGGAGCAAGUGAACCUGUUGAAGCAACAAAUGUUCCAAGUAGAAACCCAAAGGCUGGCUGUUUCAAGGACAGAGAGGCAACAUUUAGUGCUACUAAAAACAUUUAUUAAGACUAAACCAUCAAAGUGAUGAUGCCUGUUAUGCAGUGUCAGCAAAUUUAAUCUUUCCAAUAAAUUAUCAUAGUAAUAUUCUGUAUCUUGGAAAAAUCUACUGUGGAAAAGGGCUGAAAAUUUUCUUUGUAUGCGCUCAAGUUUAUUGGAGUCAGAAAUCGUAAUCAACUUCCAAGCAACAUUAAGUAUAUUUGAGUUUAGAUCUGACCAAAGCAAAAUAUAACGUCAGUAGGCUGUCUGAGGUGGAAAAAGAAAGUGUUAUUGUGUGAAAUAGCCCUAGUAAUUUCAGUGAAUAUGAAGAAAGAUUAUUAUUAUUAUUAUUAUUAUUAUUAUUAUUAUUAUUUAGUUCCCAGAUUAACUUCCAUCAUCUAAGAAUAGGAGAUUUUAAAUUCCUCAGUAUUAUGAGUCUGAUGAUCAAAUGUUAACUUGGUCCUAACAAUAUCAGUAUUGAAAAAUACAAUCCUGAGCCAGAUGGACUACAUGUGGACACUGCUGCAGUAGUGCAACAUACUGACGUUAAAGGUUUGACAUCAAAAGUAAUUUGUAGUUAAAAAAGUUUCAGAAAUGAAAUAAGUAUCUUAUGGAACUACUGUAUUUUUAUAUACUGAUAUGUUAUGAGCUGAAAUAAUUCAGUCAGUAAGUUAACUUGUUACAGGCUGGACAGUUUGUUCCCAGCAGAGGCAGUGAUUGUUCUUUCAUUGUCACCAUGUCCAGACCAGCUGUGGAGGCCACUCAGCCUCUUACUGAAUGGUACUGGAUAUUCUUUCCCUGAAAAUAAAAUAACUAGAGUGUGCAGAUGACCACUCACAUCCACCUAGUGCUGAAAUUAAGAAUGUGUGGAGCUUUACUUUUACUCCCCAUACUCUCCUUAGUAUGGGUGUGUGGCACAGUACCUUAUGUAUAUUGCUAUUGAUUUGUCUGAUUGUUCUGCCUUGAUUCAUAUAAAAAAACAGUAUUAGUAUAUGAAAUAUGUGGUAUUUAAAUCUAUCCACAAACAUCACAUUUCAGUUUGCAUGCAUUCCUCUGUUAUAUUACAUGUUGUAUUUACUUUAAAUAUUUAAGACUGUCAAGCCAGAUAGAAUAAAAGUGCCCUUUGCUUAAUCACUGAUUUCUUGAAGAAACUGUAAUUGCUCUGUACUUAACAUGUAAUAACUCUAGAUCAUUAUAAGAGAACUCACAAGUUUUUAAAAUUGUCAGUUUUCUUGAAUGUGUUCUUUUCAGUGUUCAUAUUUAUUUACACAGAUGACAGAAACUAAGUCUGAAGUUAUAAAUUUAUGGAACAACAAAACUCAAAUAUAUACCAUACCUCUGACUGCAUAUUAGUUUGAAUUUUGAUUAUUCUAUAACAGAGUAUAAGUAGAAUUAAAUCAAACAGCAGUUAUUACACUAUAAAUGUAUAAUGCAGUAGAAGUGGCGACAGUAUGUUGCUGUCCAUUCACCUCCAUCUACAGCCAAGGGUAAGAAUGUGUCAAACUUUAUCUCCACUCCCCCAUACAUCUUCAUAGCAUGGUGCUUAAGCAUAGGGACAACUUUAUCUUAUCUGAUACAUUGAACAAGCUUCAACGUGCAAUACAAAUAUGUUUU